AUGGUCCUGGUGUCAGAAACAACGAGACAAGUGGUCCUGCUGGAGUUGACUGUUCCCUGGGAAGACCGGAUGGAGGAGGCCUUUGAAAGGAAGAGGGCCAAGUAUGAGGAGCUGGCAGGUGAAUGCCGUAGCAGGGGAUGGAGAACCCGAUGCAAUCCCAUCAAGGUCGGGUGCAGAGGAUUCGCCGGCCAGUCUCUCAUCACGGCACUCAAGAUGCUGGGUGUGAAGGGACUGCAGAACAGAAGAGCCAUCAAGAACAUCACUGACGCAGCAGAAAAGGCGUCCAGAUGGCUGUGGAUCAAGUGGGGCGAUCCGUGGACCACAUGUGCAACCAGAGGUCUAGGGGAACCAAACAGACGGGAGGUGAAGAUCCGUCAGCUUCGGCAGGAACUUAGACUGCUUGGACGGCAGUUUAAGCAGGCAAAGGAGGAGGAGAAGGCCGGGCUGGCAGAGCUCCGUAAUACCCUGAGGAAAAAACUUACCACCCUCCGUCGAGCCGAGUGGCAUAGGAGGAGGGGUAGGGAGAGAGCCAGGAGACGUGCAGCCUUCAUCUCGAAUCCCUUUGGUUUCACCAAGAAGAUCCUAGGCCAGAAAAGAAGUGGCCACCUUGCCUGCACUGAAGAUGUUAACAAGUACCUCAGUGCCACCUACAGUGACAGCGCAAGAGUGGAAGAGCUUGGGCCAUGCAGGACCUUGAUAACUCCGCCAGAACCCACCUCAGCAUUUAACACCAAGGAGCCAACUUUGAAAGAAGUUGAGGAGGUUGUCAAGGCAGCUAGAUCCAGUUCAGCACCAGGCCCCAGCGGAGUGCCAUACGUCUUCUACAAGAGAUGCCCCAGACUCUUGAAGCGACUAUGGAGGAUCCUCAAAGUCAUCUGGAGAAGGGGGAGGGUGGCCUGGCAGUGGAGACACGCAGAGGGUGUCUGGAUUCCAAAGGAGGAGAACUCAGCUACCAUCGAGCAGUUCAGGAUCAUCUCGCUCCUCAGCGUCGAGUGCAUUGAGCAUACAGGAGUCGUCACCCAGCUGAUCCGGGAGGCACGGGAGGGCAAAGGAGACCUGGCAGUCCUCUGGCACGACCUUGCCAACGCCUACGGGUCCAUUCCACACAAGCUGGUGGAAACCUCGCUCGACCGGCACCACGUUCCAGGCAAGAUCAAGGACCUCAUACUGGACUACUACAGCUGCUUCAGUUUGAGAGUCACUUCUGGAACAGUAACAUCCACGUUUCAUCGGCUUGAGAAGGGCAUUAUCACAGGAUGCAUCAUUUCUGUGAUAUUGUUUGCCUUGGCCAUGAAUAUGUUGGUGAAGUCAGCAGAGGUGGAGUGCAGAGGCCCACUCACCAACUCAGGUAUGCGGCAGCCCCCUAUCAGAGCAUUUAUGGAUGAUCUGACAGUGACUACAACAUCAGUCCCGGGUUGUAGAUGGAUCCUCCAAGGCCUUGAGCAACUCAUUGGCUGGGCCCGAAUGAACUUCAAGCCAGCCAAGUCCAGGUCCCUGGUGGUGAAGAAGGGGAAGGUUACAGACCGGUUUCGCUUCUCAAUAGGGGCCACCCAGAUUCCAUCUGUGGGAGAGAAGCCAGUUAAGAGUCUGGGCAAGAUCUAUGACUGCACCCUGAAGGACACCGCUGCACUCCAAGCAACAUCAGAGGAGUUGGGAACCUGGCUGACAGCAGUGGAUAAGUCAGGGCUACCAGGCAAGUUUAAGGCCUGGAUCUACCAACAUGACAACUUGCCACGACUCCUCUGGCCACUGCUGGUCUAUGAUGUGCCGAUGACCACCGUCGAGUGCUUCGAGAGGAAGGUAAGCUCUUUCCUACAGAAGUGGUUGGGCCUACCACGAAGCCUCAGCAGCAUCGCCUUGUACGGGAGGAACAACAAGCUGAAACUGCCCUUCAGUAGUCUGACGGAGGAGUUUAUGGUUACCCGAGCAAGAGAGGUGCUGCUGUAUAGGGACUCUAGUGACAUCAAAGUCUCCUCGGCUGGCAUUGAAGUGAGGACCGGCAGGAAGUGGAAGGCCCAAGACGCAGUCGACCAGGCUGAGUCCCGCUUGCGGCACAGUUAGCUGGUGGGUACAGUGGCAUCUGGACGGGCAGGACUUGGGAGCAACCCAAGACCGUCCUACAACAAGGCCCAGGGGAAGGAAAGGCGUCAGCUGAUCCAGGAGGAGGUCCGAGCAGGGGCGGAGGAAGCCCGCUGCAGUAGGACAGUAGGGAUGCGGCAACAGGGGGCGUGGACCCGAUGGGAGGAGGCAGCUGACCGGAAGGUAUCGUGGACAGAGCUAUGGCGAUCUGAGCCACACCGGAUCAAGUUUCUCAUUCAGUCGGUGUACGACGUCCUCCCGAGCCCAUCCAACCUCUUCCGCUGGGGCUUGGCCGAGAAUCCACUGUGCCCUCUCUGCCAAAGAACUGGAUCGCUGGAGCACAUCCUGAGCUGCUGCCCUAGGGCUCUGGGAGAGGGGCGUUACCGCUGGCGCCAUGACCAAGUGUUGCGGGUCAUCGCAGAGGCCAUCAGCACAGGGAUCUCCACCAGUAAAGGCCAACAACCAACAAGGCAGUCCAUCGCCUUUGUUAGGGCUGGGGAGAAGCCGCAGCAGUGCCGGAGUCAAGCAGGGGGGCUGCUGGCCACAGCUCGGGACUGGCAGCUGAAAGUCGACCUAGGGAGACAGCUUAAGUUCCCGGAGAACAUCGCAGCGACCACACUCAGGCCAGACAUGGUCCUGGUGUCAGAAACAACGAGACAAGUGGUCCUGCUGGAGUUGACUGUUCCCUGGGAAGACCGGAUGGAGGAGGCCUUUGAGAGGAAGAGGGCCAAGUAUGAGGAGCUGGCAGGUGAAUGCCGUAGCAGGGGAUGGAGAACCCGAUGCAAUCCCAUUGAGGUCGGAUGCAGAGGAUUCGCCGGCCAGUCUCUCAUCAAGGCACUCAAGAUGCUGGGUGUGACGCAGCAGAAAAGGCGUCCAGAUGGCUGUGGAUCAAGCGGUGCGAUCCGUGGACCACACGUGCUACUUAGACACAAGCCGAGACUGAUCACCCUGGCUGGGUUGCCUGGGCGAGGGUGUCUGUUGUGA